ACACUAUCGGUCUUAUUUUGUCAUCAACGAACUUCGUUGUCUACUAUAAACCAGAUAUUGUCUGUUUCAAAGCGUUCGAUGAUGACAAGGUCCAAUCAAAAGAAGGAAAAAGUUAAAAAUCCAUUUUCAUGUCCCUUCCAAACUGACCCUAUAUCAGUUCUACCAUAUCUCCCUCGUUCCAACCAUAUCGUCUUAUCGGGCUCACAAUUUCAGUUUUAUAGAGAGAACCAAUGGGAAGUGCCUCAUCGAUGUUAACGCAAUAUGACAUUGAAGAAGUUCAGGAACAUUGCAAUAAUCUAUUCUCUCAGCAAGAAAUAGUGUCCUUAUACCAAAGAUUUUGUCAACUUGAUCGGAAUUCAAAAGGUUUCAUCUCGGCCGAUGAGUUCUUAUCGGUUCCCGAGUUUGCAAUGAACCCGCUUUCUCAGAGGCUGCUGAAAAUGGCGGAUGGUUUAAAUUUUAAGGACUUUGUGGCUUUCUUAUCUGCUUUCAGCACUAAAGCUAGUCUGCAGCAGAAAAUUGAACUGAUUUUCAAGGUGUAUGACACUGAUGGUAAUGGAAAAGUGUCUUUCAACGACAUACUGCAAGUGCUGCGGGAUUUGUCUGGUUCAUUCAUGUCAGAUGAGCAAAGAGAGAAAGUCUUGAUCCAAGUUCUGGGAGAAGCAGGCUACACAAGGGAAUCUUGUUUAAUGUUGGAUGAUUUCAUCAAGGUUUUUGGCAGUUCUGGCGUAAAUAUGGAGGUGGAAGUACCAGUGGACUAAGUUGAGGUAGUGUGCUGUUUUUCCUCCCACAUCUAAAAGGUGGAAAUCUAUAGUGCACAGCUGGUCUCAUUCCACAGAAGAUCAAUCAGAUGAAGCUGGAAAUAUACAGCGUUUAAGCAAUACUUUCUUUUUCCUUCUUUUUGGUCUUGAAUUUCAGUAAUAAUGAACCUUUGUAUUAUCAGAAUAAGAUGUCCAAGUUUCCAGGUUCUCUGUACAUAGAUUUUAUGGACUUAUGUAAUACGAGAUUGUUGUUUUGCUGCA